AUGGGGAUGGGGAGAGUCGGAUAGCGACGGCGACGCCCGUAGCCGUGUAUAAGCUACCUGCACGCUGAUCGGUGGGGCAUGCCAACGUGGGACCGACGUGUCGGCGUCCGUAAGAAAGGUGCUUCACGCUGCGCGGUGGUACAGCGCCCGUGAGUAAAAAGCGAUUUGGACUGGACUGUGUGUGUGCGGGUGGUUGUCGCGUUCUGCUCCUACUGGCAUGUGGGUCCCGGAUUAAGCGAGGUCGGCACGAAGGGAUCCGGAGACCAAACGGGUUCUCGCAUCCGCCGCCCGCGAUCCGCGAACGCAGAGGGACACAGCGGGCAAGAUGAGCAGCGGCGGCGGCGGCGGCAGCGACAAGUCUGGCUCGGGCGGCGGGGCGGUGAAGACGCCGUCGGACUUCCUCAAGUCCAUCAGGGGCCGGCCAGUCGUCGUCAAGCUCAACUCCGGCGUCGACUACCGAGGUAUUCUGGCUUGUCUUGAUGGAUACAUGAACAUUGCGAUGGAGCAAACUGAAGAGUAUGUGAAUGGUCAGCUGAAGAACAAAUAUGGUGAUGCUUUCAUAAGAGGAAACAAUGUAUUGUACAUCAGUACAUCCAAGCAUACCCUUACAGACGGUUAGUGAGAGGUGAAACUGUUAAGAUCUUCAGUGCCAGUCUUGCAACAUGAUCGAUUAUGAGUGAAUUUUAUGUAUUACUUUCUUUUCCAUUCUCAUCUAAUAUCUGGUGAGCGAAAAUUGCAAAAAGGAAAGGGUAACUGAAAUGAAUUGAUUGGAGUUGUACCGACAGCUAUGCUUGAUGUAAGCAGCGUGGAACUCCGUCCACAUAUUGUGCACUCCAGAUAUGUGGUGGUAAUUAAGACCUGUAGAGAUACAGAUAAGACUAUGGUGUCAUCAACUGAAAUGUCUGCUAUCUCAAAUAUUUUUGCGAAUCAAUACGAGAUCGUCCAUCUUUGCUAA